CAAAAAACCCACUCAGAGCAAAUCUGUUGUGACGGUUCACUAGUCCAGGUUUAUAGGAUUGACUUAACGUUGACACGACCGACACAAAACGUGCCCGGGUUUUCCACAGAAAAAAAAAGGGUCUAGUCGCUGUAUCAUAGAGACAGUGGUAUCGCGGCAGCAUGGCAGAAGCGGACUUACAAACGUUUACCUCUAUCAUGGACGAGCUGGUUCGCAUUAGUUCCAAUAUGAAGAGUAUGGAACAGGAGCUGCAUUGCCCAGUGUGUGAUGAGAUGGUGAAGCAGCCCAUCCUCCUGCCAUGCCAGCACAGUGUGUGUCUGCUGUGUGCGGCUGAGGUGUUGGUACAAAGAGGUUAUCCUCCUCCAGACCUCCCUCCAGAGCCCAACUCACCGGCCUCCACACCCAACACACGCUCCCCACGACAGACACGCAGACCCACACCAAGGACCCCUGACCGCCUGGAAAAGGUCCUCAGAACAGUGUGUGGGACGUACCCAGGGCGAAGGCGGAAGGACACAGCCCAUCCCCCCAUGUUGUUCCCAUGUCCUUCCUGUCAGCAGGAUGUGGAGCUUGGAGAAAGAGGCCUGACCGACUGCCUCCGCAAUCUCACUCUGGAGCGUAUUGUGGAAAGGUACAGGCACACGGUGAGUCUGGGCAGCGUAGCCAUCAUGUGUGGCUUCUGUAAGCCUCCUCAGUCUCUGGAGGCCACUAAAGGCUGCGCUGACUGCAAGUCCAACUUCUGCAAUGAGUGUUUCAAACUCUUCCACCCCUGGGGAACGCCACGAGCUCAGCAUGAACACAUUCUACCUACCAACAACUUUAGGCCAAAGGUCCUAAUGUGCACAGAGCACGAGCAGGAGAGACUGCAGUGGUACUGCCGUAACUGCCAGAGGUUGCUGUGCCCACUUUGUAAGCUUCGACGUGUUCACCAUGGACAUAAAGUGUUACCUAUAGCACAGGCCUACCAGGCCCUCAAGGACAAGGUUACCAAAGAAGUCAACUUCAUCCUGGCGAACCAAGAGACAAUACAGAGCCAGAUCACUCAACUGGAGGCUGCCAUCAAACAGAUGGAGGCUAACAGCGCAGUAGCUCUGCAUCAACUGACCCAAUGUAUACGGGAGCUGGGAGCUGCUGUAGCCGAGCGUCAGGGGGCUUUGGCUCUGGCCCUGGAGGGAUCUCGCAACAGGAGGGAAGAGGCCCUGUCGGCUCAGGUCUCAGAGAGGCGUGGACUGCUGGAACAUGCAGGCUUGAUGGCUUACACACAGGAACUGCUCAAGGAGACCGACGCACCUUGCUUCGUACAGGCUGCCAGAGUCACUCACAACAGGCUGGUGAAGGCCAUAGAAAAUCUCCAGUGUUUCUCUCUUGCUGCUGAUCCCUCCUUCAGACAUUUUCACUUGGAUGCAUCCAAAGAGAUCAGGCUCAUCAACAGCUUGGAGUUCAUACAUGCCCCACUGGCUCCGGUCAUUGACACUCAGAAGACAUUAGCUUAUGACCAGCUGUUUUUGUGCUGGCGCCUCCCUCAGGACUCAGCCCCAGCUUGGCACUUCUCUGUUGAAUACCAGCGACGGGCAGGUGGAGCUGGAGCCACAUGGGGCGGCACCAGAUCCCCUAAUGCUUCAACAGCAUGGCAGCGCCUUAAUGAAGUGAGAGGGACCAGUGCCGUGAUUGAUCAGCUGCAGACGGACAGUGUGUAUGUUCUCAGGGUGAGAGGAUGCAACAAGGCCGGGUUUGGAGAGUACAGUGAAGAGGUGUACCUCCACACUCCACCAGCACCUGUGUUGAGUUUCUCCUUGGACUCUCGCUGGGGUUUACAUGCUGACAGACUGGCACUGGGUAAAGGCCAAACCUACGCCCGCAGUGUGCCAGGCCUCUCCCUCUUGCAGGCUGCUGACCGCACGCUCACCUCUUGCCACUUGACUUCUGACCUGCUGGUGGCUGACUUGGCAGUCACUCAAGGCAGACACUACUGGGCAUGCUCUGUGGAGCCUGGUUCCUACCUGGUAAAGGUGGGAGUAGGGCAGGCGGCUAAGCUACAAGAGUGGUUCCAUCUCCCUCAGGACAUGGCCAGCCCUCGCUGUGACCCAGACAGUGGCCAUGACAGUGGGGCAGAGGACGGCCAGGACUCCCCUCCCUUCUGCUUCCUCACCAUGGGCAUGGGCAAGAUCCUCCUUCCUCAAGGACAUGGGCACAGUCAGAGCCAGGGGGACAGCCAGAGCCAUGGAGGAGUGCAAUCCCACAGUAGCAGCCAUAGUCACCUGCCUCACCCUCAUACUGCCCCUCUGCCACCCCGACUAGGAGUGUGUCUGGACUGUGAUAAAGGACGAGUCACCUUCUAUGAUGCCCAUUCGUUGCGGAUCCUGUGGGAGGGACACUUGGACUGCUCAGCGCCAGUGUGUCCAGCUUUCUGCUUCAUUGGCGGAGGGGCCCUGCAGCUGCAGGAUCUUGUGGCCAAUCGGAGCAUUGAAGAGCCGCCGCCACGAAGGGUAACCAUCCAAACACGAGCAACAAAUCUUAGUAAAUAAAUAAGGAAACAGUUUAUGGGCACAGUUUACUCAGAAAUCAAAGUUUCAUGUCUCAAAUGUUAAAGGUGGCUCACAUUCACCACUUAAUGUGAACUUAAAGUUGAUAAUUAAUUGGCUUUGAUACUUGAUUAAACUGUCACUGCUAAAUACGGUUAUGUUUUCCUUUCAGUGUGAGUUUUGAGAUCUGGCUAUAAAUAUCUGAUGUUCUUUUGCAUUUGCACCUGAAAAAAAUCAAAUCUCUCUUUUGGCUUGAUUCAUUUAAUAUUUUUUCCUGCUUUCCCUCGCCUUUACUAUGGACAUUACAACAAGUGAUUUUAGACUAUGCAGGAUUCUGUUGACAGGGUGAAUCAAACACCUUUAUAACAGGUUAAAAAAAUGGGUUUGCAGUGUAAGAAAAAUCUGCCCUCCGUUUACAUUUGUCUUAAUUUGUCCUGGAAUGACUGGACAACAAAAGCUGCAUGCAAGUGUAACUAGGUUUCAUAACUUAAAUAUAUGCAGAUAACUGACUGUCACCUUGUAAGAGCACCUCAGAUGUACUGUAUGCCUAAUUUUCUAUCUUCAUUUUUUUAUGUAGCCUCAACAAGUGUUGACAGUGUGUAUAAAAAUGCAGAAUUAGAGAAUGUGAAUAUUCUUUGGUUGUUGAAUUGUAAAGUUCUGCUGGCUCAUGUCAGGAUCACGUGUCUCUGCGUCUAAACAGUCCCACUUGGAAUUUUAUAUAGUCACUGUUUUGCAUUUCAAAAGGACUUGUGGCUGGGUAAACAUGCUCACAGUUGCCUCAGUGUUUUCAGAUCACAACCGAAAUCACAGUAGAAAAGGUUCUGAAGAAUAAUUGUUCUCAUCGUGCUGGUUGACUUAUAAACGUGAAUACAUUUCAGUGUUUUACAUUUUGAUGAAAGUUAAAAAUGUAGAUGGCCUACUUGCUCAGAAUUAAACUGUGGUGUUUUUGAGUGAUUUGCACAUACAUAUUUAUGAUCAGUUAGAGGAAAUGGAUGGAUGACAAGUUAACCUGCUGAAGUUGGUCUAUUUUAAGAACUCUGGUUGACUUUAAAUUUAACUUCUUUUCUAUUUUCUUUUCUUCUCAUUUAUAAAUUGACUAAGCCGAUUUGCAGUUAUGUUUGGGGAAUGUAAGAGCCCAGUUAUGUAUCAUUUCAAUGCAAGAGAUUGUCUAUAUUGUAAUAUUUUCAAAUCAACUGGCUCUGACUGUAUUUUGAUAUAUAAUAUGAUUUCCUGAUGUGCAUGUGUGUGUGUGUGUGUGUGUGUGUGUGUAUGAGCUCUGGCUGUGACUUUCAUGCUUUCUGAUGUGUGUAUGUGUGCGUAUCCUGUCUUAAAUAGACUCCCCUGCUUGUGUUACAACACAGCACU